AAUAUUUUAUACUUAUAUAUUAAGACAUUAUAGUUUUACAGUGUCACUUUGUCGGUUCCGCAUUUAUUUGGAAAAGCGCCGUUUUCUUCUUCAGAUGUUUUUUUUUGUGACUCUAAACUUCCGCUACUCUCUUCACAAUGUGAUGUUCACAUAUCGUCGGAAGAACGAGCUCCGAACUGUGAGGGUGUGUCGAGCUAGAGCGCAUGGUAGCUGAUGGCAGAAACUCUUUGAUUAGCGCCCUUGGAGAAGCGGAAUGAGUUUUCACGGUGUUCAUGGUGCAUGGUGCUCUUUGAGAGGAAGAAAUAAAUUGACACCCGUUUGAAACUCUCUGCGUCUUGAUCGAUAUUUCCGAGGGGCCGCUACAGUGAAAACUCAUCGCUGCACCAGCCCUGCCAUCCCUGGUGAGAAGCUGACGCCAUCACAUCUGAGGUCCAACCACCAACCUAAUACCAGCCAGUUUACUUCGCUUGCAUCCAACCCCUGCACACAAGCAAGACUCAAAAAUGGAAAGCAUGUUUAAGGUACAGCUAGAGCUGCAAAAAGAGACACUGGAUACCAAGGAGCAAAAAAGCUGAAAAGGGACAAUUACUAUACACACGCUUGCAGCAUAACUGAAGUGACUUAAACAAUAAUUUGGUAUUAUAAGGUUAAAAUAUCUUGCAAGCUAAUUCUCCGUUCCUAAAGCUUCUAAAACUGGUGACUAUUUCAAGAAACUAGCCCAUGCUCUUGAGUCAUAUCUGUUUAUGAAAAGGUUAAAAAGGGUGUUUUGUUGUUACUGUUUUAAGCUAAAAAUCCUUUUUGAUGUCCAUAAUCUGUUAAUGCGUGGCAUAAACAUUACUCUGUAGUAAAGGAUAACUUCAGCUUACAAGUGUAAAUUCAGGCGUUGGACAAUCAAAGGCUAUCCUCGACUUAAAGCAGCAACACAAACAAACAAGAUGUCACUUAAAGACACCCCAUGCAGAUCCAGCUCGCGUGAAAGAAAGCUUACAGAGAAAGGCCAAGAGAUGCAUGACCAAGACACCAGAAAACGUGAGAAAGCAUUUAACAAGACCUAUGACGCUUGGAAGCUGGUAGCAAGGGAGACUAGGACAAAAUUAAAAACCCUCUGUUCAUCAGAAGACCUUAUUGAAUUACAGCAAAUCAUUCAAGCAAAGCAUGAUGGCGUGGGCCAGCAGUAUGAACCUAUGCUUCGUAACAGUAACACCACACCAGAGAUUGUAAAGAAGAUGGAUGCCUGUGUUACGUUAACAAAAGACAUUCGUGACCUUAUUAGUAACCGUCUAGAGACUAUUAAUCAAGAUUAUAAUGAUCAACUUGAGAAGGAAAGGGUAAGAGAAAUAUUAAACAAAGAUGAAUAUGGGUCUGUCUUUGGCCACACUAAAACUGAAACGGUAAGCUCAGCGGAGUCACCAGAGAGAUUGAGCAACCACUCCAGCUCAGCCAGUACCCACAGCAGUAGAGUAGAUGCACAAGCAGAGCUUGCGGCUAAGCUGGAACAAUCAAAAGCUAUGAAAGAAAUCCAAGCACAGCAAGCACAUCUUCACAAGUUAGAAAAUGAAUGGAAACUUAAAGAGGCGAAAAUGUUAGUAGAAAUGAAACAAAAAGAGUUGGAAAUGCAACAACAGUUGGAACAAGAGAGAACCAAAUUGCAGCAGUUACAAGCAGCAAAAGAUGUUGUCAUAGCAGCUGCUCGUGUGAGAGCAUAUGAUGAUUUUGAAGGGUUUGAGAACCAUGAUGUGGAGAUUAAUGACCAAACUAACUCUGCUUGCUACAGAAAGCAAAACGAACCUCAGUUAAACCCUGAUGCUGCAUCAUUCCACCCUUACCAAGCUGCUCCUGAGGUGACAAUGACCCAGGAGUCUGUCAGUCUAGCCCAGGCAAUCGCCAGCUCAUUAAGUAUGAACCGCUUGCCGGUCCCUGAACCAACCACGUUUCGUGGUGACCCUUUACAGUUUACAGAUUGGAAGAUGUCAUUCAUAGCUCUUAUUGACAGAAAACCCCUCCCACCAAGUGAGAAGAUGUUUUAUCUAAAAAAUUAUCUUGCUGGAGAGGCGCGUAAAGCGGUAGAAGGUUUCUUUUAUCGAGAUUCAGAAACUGCAUACAAUGGAGCAUGGAAAGUGUUACAAGACAGAUAUGGGAACCCGUUCAUCAUACAAAAGGCUUUCCGAGAUAAGCUCAUGAGAUGGCCAAAGAUCAACACAAACGAUCCACUAGCACUACAAGAGUUUGCUGACUUCCUCCAAGGCUGCACUGAGGCGAUGCCCCACGUCAAAGGAUUAGCUAUCCUUAACGAUUGUGAGGAAAACCACAAGUUGCUCAAAAAACUACCAGAAUGGAUCGUGCGCAAGUGGAGUCGAGUUGUUGUAGAGGAACUUGACGCAUCCGGAAGCUAUCCAGAUCUUGCAUGCUUCACAAAGUUCCUGAGCAAAGAGGCACGGAUAGCUUGUAACCCUAUUGCUUCUCCAUUGUUGAUGAACUUCAGGGCCACAAAUGAAAGAUCACCAAAGAGAGCCAAAGCUCUCAACACAAAUACACAAAAAAAGAGUUUCGCUCAGGAGAAACAAGAAACAAAUGUCAGUAAACCAAAGUCACCUUGCUUCGUCUGUAAAGGUGAAGCUCAUAACAUCACCAAGUGUCCCACCUUCACAGCAAAGAGUAGCGAGGACAAAAGGGCAUUCAUCUGUGAAAAUCGGCUCUGCUUUGGGUGCUUGAGGAAGGGUCACAUGACCAAAGAUUGUAAGAGACGACACACAUGCAACAUAUGCAGCCGUCGUCACCCAACCUGCUUGCACGAUGACAGGAAACAAAGACCUGUGGAAGCAACAACGAAUAGCUCCACUUCCACAGAAAACCAUGCAAGCUUGGAAAUGCACAAUGCCGUAUCCCAUGCAUCAACACAGCGUGCUUCCGCUACCUCAAGUAUCGUCCCAGUCCUUGUGUCUUCAAUACAAGAGCCACACAGAGAAGUACUUACGUACGCAAUACUGGACACACAAAGUGACUCAACGUUUGUCUUAGAAGAUGUACUUGACAAACUGAAUGUUGAUGCCCAACCAGUAAAAUUAAAAUUGAGUACUAUGACGGCUAUUGACACAAUCAUAUCUAGCAAGAACGUCCGUGGUCUACAAGUUCGAGGACUGCACUCUAAGAACCAUAUCCAAUUACAGCAGGCCUACAGCCGUGACUUUAUCCCGGUGGACAAGUCUUACGUUCCAACGAAAGAAACAGCCUUACUCUGGCCUCAUCUCAGACAUUUGGCAGAUAAGUUACCACCCCUUCUAGACUGUGAUGUAGGGCUCUUGAUUGGGUAUGACUGUCCAGCAGCAUUAACUCCUCUUGAGGUUAUCAUUGGGGACAAAAAUCAACCGUUUGCUCAGAGAUCAAAACUAGGAUGGAGUAUCAUAGGCUCAUCAAAUCCUCACCUGGACAGACAAGGAUGUCGGAGCUUUGUGCAUCGGAUCACAGUAAAAGAACUGCCAAUUCCAUCGACGACAGAUGUUCUAAAAGCCCUGGAAGCAGACUUCACCGAGAGAACUUAUGAAGAUAAAUAUGUGUCCCAGAACGAUGUUCAUUUCAUACAGUUCCUCAGUGACAACAUCACGCAGAAGAAAGAUGGACAUUAUGAGAUGCCCCUCCCUUUCAAGGGCAACAGUCCACCCAACCUACCAAACAACAAGAGGCUAGCCACAGUUCGCCUGCAGUGUCUUAAGAAGAAGCUAAAGACCAAUAAACAAUAUUAUGAUCAAUACAAAACAUUCAUGGAAGAAACAAUUAACAAGGGUGAUGCAGAGCUUGCCCCUACAACAAAUCCAGGAGAGACUGAGUGGUACCUUCCACAUCACGGCAUCUAUCACCCCAGAAAACCAGACAAACUGAGAGUCGUAUUCGACUGUUCAGCCAAAUUCCAUGGUGUUUCUCUCAACAACACUCUACUAACUGGGCCUGAUCUUAUCAAUCCUCUGGUAGGAGUUCUCUGCCGCUUCAGGAAGGAGGCCGUAGCGAUCAUCUGUGAUAUCGAAAGAAUGUUUUAUCAGUUCUCUGUCACUCCUGAAUUAUCUGAAAUUCCUCUGGUGGAAAGGUGGAGAUUUGGAGAAGGAACCACAGGAAUACAGGAUGGCGGUUCAUCUCUUCGGAGCCGCCUCGUCUCCAGGAUGUGCCAACUUUGGCUUGAAAUAUCUGGCACGGCAACACAAAGCUACCUAUCCACUAGCAUCAACAUUCGUAGAGAAAAACUUUUAUGUUGAUGACGGGCUAGUCAGUGUUCCAUCGAUCGAGGAAGCCAAGAAACUGAUCACUGAGUCACAGGAGUUGUGCAAAAGAGGAGGCCUACGCCUCCAUAAAUUCAACUCUAAUGAGGAAGCAGCCCUCGCCUGCUUAGA